AUGCCGUCCGCCGCAGAACUCCGCAAACUAGCAGACCAACCACUCGACCCAAACAUACCACAAACCUACGGAUUCAGAGGGUUGCAGGAACAAGAACAGCCUGCCAACGCCUCCCAACGACCCUCAGAAGCCACCAGCGCCCCCCUGAACGAAGACUACGAGCCCCACCAUGAUAAAUCCCUCCAGCUGUCGGCCGAUCGCCAACACAUCCUCGACUCCAUCCUCCGCCUCUACAGCGGCUCCGGCACACACGAGAGAGAUGCAACCGGUGCCCAAGAUAUGCGUGUCUACGCCAAAAAGGCCGUGUAUGACGACAUAGCCUCCUACUGCGACACGCGCUACAAGAUCGCUGGGCAAUGGUACGGCAUUCCCGCCGUCAUGAAAAGUAGCGUUACAAAAGCUGUUGAGGUGGUUCAGUCCUCAGAAGCAGAUCCUGCGAGUAACACACCUGCAGCUAUUGCAUUCAAGAUGAAGCGGGAUUGGACACCGCGACUCAUGCUGGGCAAGACGUUCGAGGUGAACCAUUUCGUUACACUGAGUCUUGAGAAAGCUGCGGAGGAGGAUGGAGAGGGACCGGCGGAGAGGAUCAAGUAUCAUAAGGAUCAGUGGAAUGAGAAGGACUAUGAGCAUGAUGGGUAUGGAAAGAUUAUGAAGACGGUCAAUGGGGAUUAUGCCACGAUUGGGACGAGGCCGCCGAAGGAUCUGUAA